CUCAUCCUCAUCUUCUUCUCCUCUCCCGUCCCCAGCACUGUCCAGCCCGGCAGGAUGAAGUGGAGGAGGAUCGCCAUCCUCACCACCCUGCAGGCGCAGCUCCCGGCCACAGAUGCUGCAUCAGUCCUUGGCCUCACAGAUCCCAGGCUCUGCUACGUGCUGGAUGGAUUCCUCUUCAUUUAUGCAGUGGUCAUGACAGCCCUUUUUGUGAAGGCAAAGCUCAGCCAGGCCUCUGCACCACAGCUGCCACCAGGCCAGGAUGAUGUGUACAAUAAGCUCUCCCGCAAGCCCAGGGACGAUUACGACGUUCUGGGAGGAAAGCGAGGAGCAGACCCCGAGCUGGGCGGGAGACACCAGCAGAGGAGAAAGAACCCUCAGGACACUGUCUACACUUCACUGCAGAAGGACAAGAUGGGUGAGGCAUACAGUGAGAUUGGAAUGAAGGGAGAGCAGCAGAGACGGCGAGGCAAAGGGCAUGAAGGUCUCUACCAGGGGCUCAGUGCAGCAACCAAGGACACUUAUGAUGCUCUCCAAAUGCAGCCUUUACCCCCCCGCUAAGUGGGAGCCUCAGAAGGGAUGGGCAAGAGUGAGAGAUGCCCACCUGCUUUGGGGAGGAGAGGGAGGAAAGCCUUUUUCAUCCAACACAAGCACUGUGUGUUUUCUUGUGCAAGAAUCUCCUUGGGUUGGUGCACAGAAUCUGGACCUGGCCCUUUCCUUCUCCCUCUCCUCCUGAACCAUGUAACUGCUUCUGCUCUUAGAAUGUACAUAUAACUGUGAAGUUGUUUCCAAUUAUAGGGGGUAUUAGGCUGAUUUUUUUUUUUUUAAAUAAGGUUUGUGUUGUGGGACCAGACCACACUUUCUAACAAAUACAGCUAUUUCCAUAGCUCUUCCUUGUCUUCCAGAGUAUUAAGACAUAGAAUUAUGGCUUUAUUGCAUUUAAAUAAUUUGCAAAGAUAGGACUGUAUUUACUUCCUGUAGUAUUUAUCUUAGGACUAUUUCACCCUUUUUGCUUUAAAUUUACCUUUUAAAAACUGCUUCAGUGGAGGGCAACUUUUUCUUUAACUCUUUAAAAAAGAGUGACAUGAUGUUACAGCAGUGACGCAGAGAGGCUGAAUGCCAACUUUCCCGUAGGAAGAAAAUAUCCCAAAAAAGAUCAAGCAGUGGCACUGCCACUCAUCUAUAAAUAUGAGACAGGUAAGCUGAGUGAGAGACUUCUCUGAAGGCAGAAAAACAAAGAAAACAAG